CUUGACCUUGACCUUCUUUGUUUUGGUUUGGACGAUGAUGAAAAUCCUGUGAAAUAUGGAAAAAGGAAACAACACAAUGGCAUCGUAGUAAGAAACAGAUCAGUGUUUCUCUUUUGCGAAAAAAUUUGCUUCGCAAGGGAGUAUUUAUACUUUGACAUGAGAUAAAAGGAGCAAGCGGAUUUCAGUACGGUCAUAGGGUGAGCAGUUCAGUACAAGAUGAGUGAGUUCACCACCAGCUACCAGCCUCUCCCGGCCUCUGGGUAUGAGGAAGACGAAGUGGACACCCCUCACAUGGAGACUGAUGUCUUAAUUCAUGUUGUCCCAGAGGAGAGCAGCAAAUCACGCUGGAAUCAUAUCGAGAAUCUGGAUGAGUUUUUUGCCAGGGUUUAUCAAUAUCAUCAGAGGAAUGGAUUUUUCUGCAUGGUGCUUGAAGAUGUGCUUCAGCUGUUGCAAUUUGUAUUCGUGAUACUUUUCUCAUCAUACCUGAUAGAGUGCGUCAAGUAUGACGUGGUGUUUGAUGAGAUAUAUCGUAACAAUACACACGGUCACCACAAGGUCACCAUAGCAGAGUCUGUUAUACCAUUAGACCAGUGUGUUAGUAGUGUUCGGCCAUUUGUAGCCAUAUGUCUCCUGGUGGCGGCAGUGUUUUGGGUCCUGAGGCUUAUCAAGGUGGUCUACAACGUGCUCAAGUAUUGGGAGAUAAGAGCCUUCUACCUGACUGCUCUCAAAAUUUCAGCAGAUGAGUUGCCUAAUCUGACCUGGCACGAGGUACAGAAGAGGGUGGUAGAAGUCCAGCAAGAACAACAGAUGUGUAUACACAAGAAGGAGCUGACAGAACUAGAUAUUUAUAACAGAAUCCUACGUUUCAAGAAUUACCAAGUGGCAAUGGUGAACAAAUCUCUUUUACCCUUGAAAUAUAGGAUUCCUUUUGUGGGAGAUUAUGUUUUCCUCUCUACUGGUCUUAAGUACAAUUUGGAGAUGAUACUAUUCUGGGGCCCAUGGGCUCCAUUUGAGAACUAUUGGCAUUUAAAACAGGACUUCAAAAAUUACCAUAAAAGGAAAGAACUAGCUGACUAUCUUUCAAGGAGGCUAAUAAUCUUCAGUAUACUCAAUGCUUUGUUGUCUCCACUGAUUUUUGUAUGGCAGAUUCUCACAUAUUUUUAUACAUAUGCAGAGAUCAUUAAGAGACAGCCUGGCAGUCUCGGAGCAAGGAGAUGGUCCCUGUAUGGGCGUCUGUACCUGAGGCAUUUCAAUGAGCUAGAUCAUGAGUUUGAGGCCCGUUUGAAUCGAGGCUACAAACCAGCCGAGGAAUACAUGAAUAUCUUUACUUCCCCUGUAUUAGUUAUUCUUGCCAAGAAUGUGGUGUUCUUUGCUGGUGCUGUGCUGGCCGUGCUGAUCAUCCUGACCCUGAUAGAUGAGGACACACUACAAGUAGAGAAUAUUCUGAGGAUGAUGACUAUACUGGGAGCUGUGGUGGCUGUGUGUAGGGCUGUUAUACCUGCUGAGCAUAUGGUGUUCUGUCCAGAGUUUCUGAUGACCCACAUCUUGAAGGAGGUCCAUUAUAUCCCUGACUCCUGGAAAGGCAAUGCUCACACUCACAAAGUCAGACAGGAGUUUGCACAGCUGUUCCAGUACAAGGCUCUUUAUCUCCUGGAGGAGUUGAUCAGCCCACUGGUGACCCCCCUGAUCCUCUGCUUCUCCAUACGCCACAAGGCUUACGAUAUUGUCGACUUCUACAGGAACUUCACUGUAGAGGUCACUGGUGUUGGUGACGUCUGCUCAUUUGCUCAGAUGGACAUAAGAAAACAUGGCAAUCCCCAGUGGGUAAAAGAAGAACAGACCCAGGCAGACCUGUACCACCAGGCUGAGGAUGGGAAGGCGGAGCUGUCACUCAUGCAUUUUGCUCUCACUAAUCCAGAAUGGAAACCCCCAGAGAACUGCAGCGUAUUUCUGAACGACAUCAAGGAUCAGGCCGUCAAUGAUGCCAACGCAGCAGUAGUGGCCCCUGGGGAUAACGCCCUGUUUACUUCUCUACACACCUUCUCUGCCCUGAGUCCAGGCGUGUACAACAGCAUCAACAUCUCUAGUGUAGUCCCAGGACCAUCCGGGAUGGCAUCGGCUCAUCAUAGCAUGCGCCCCCUGGGGACCGUUCCUGGCCCUAUGAGUCCCCCUGGUGGCAGUCACCUGAGGGGGGCUGGUGUGGCACAUGCUGAGGGCCCACUACAGGGGAGUGGGAAGGGAAUCCUGGCCAGUCUCCACAGCUCUGGAGCUCUGUCUGGCAGUGCCACUGGGCUGGGUUCUGGUCCUACCAGUCUGGACACCGGUCACUUCCUGUCCAGUGAAGUCUCUCAAGAGCUGAGCUCUGCUGAAAUGAGUUUCAGCGCCCUCUAUAUACAUGAGCUCCACAGGCGCCGCAGACAGGGGCAACACAGAUUAGAGUAUCUGGACUUUGACGGUCGCCCCCAUGUAGAGCUUCAGGAACUGGGCACGAGGUUGACCUUUGACCUUGACCCAAUGCCAGGUCACGGAGGGGUCAGAGGUCAUAUGUCAAAUAUAGUCGAGAGCCCCCAGGAGGAGAAAAGCGAGGAGGAGAUGAGCAACGAAGAUGCUAUCACUUUUGUUUCAUUCGAUGAGAGAGUCACCAAGUCCACGUGAUGCAUGUCUUCAUGAAUUUUAACGAGGCGACUUGAAUAUUUUUGAAAAAGUCACUUGUAGAAUGCUUUGAUCCUAGGUGUACUUUUCUGAGGAGCGGGUUUUCUGAUAAAUCAUGUAAUGUAUCCUUCAGAUAGAAAAAAGUUUUAAAAGUGGGUGAUAUGAGUAUUAAUGUAGGAUGAAUUGAGAAAUCUGUUCUUUAACAGCCAUACUAUCAAGUCAUUAAAUUUGAAGUGCCACACAAGUGUAAUACCAAGUUAGUACAUAAGUUUGUUAAAUUAGCAUUUUGCAUAGUUAUAACAAUUGUGACUGUCACAGUAAUUCUGCAGUUUGUAUAAUUUUAGUUUGGGGAUAGCUUGCCAUAGUGUGAUGUGUAUUUUGUAAAGGAUUUUUUUUUCUUUUUCGGUGCUGACACUCGUAUGUAUGUUGAUAGUGGACUAAAUUGGUGAGGGAUAGAGGGAUGAUGUGAACAUCCUCUCUUUGUGGUGCAUGCAGCUUGUAGUGCCUCUUGUUUGAGAGGCAGCUGUUAGUAGAGUUACUGUAACAGCACUUACUGAAGGGAUUGGAGGGGGGGAGUGAAAACCACACACACACACACACACACACACACACACACACACACACACUGAAAUAGAUGUGAAAGAAGCAAAGAAACAUAUAGAACUGGAGGUGACAUGUGUAAUGACUCAGUGGCGCCAUUUUUUGAUUUGGUCAAGAGUCAUGCCUGUCAUACCCUGUGUUUAUCACUUAGUUUGGAUCUCUCUGCAAGUUUUUUUGAAGUCUUUUAAAACCUUCGCAGUAAAAAAAGGAGGGUUCCUUCUCUAUUUUAGCUCUUAUAACCAAAUCAUGACAUUUGUAUUUUCAGUAUGUGUUUUGUUCUCUUUUGUCCUAGAAAUAUAUUCAGAUCAAGAAUUGUUUUGAUUUGUGGAAACUACAUAUAUGGCUUAACCCAAAAUUAAGUAGAACCCUUAAUAAUUUUUUCUUCAUAGUUGCCCUUUAAAGUCUUGGACUAACCUUCCUGUCCUAUCCCUGCAUUUUUUUCUGUAAGUUAACAUAUUUAUCAUGCAAUUUUUGCUUGUUCGUGUUCUGCAUCUAUCCAUUUGAAGUAUUAUAAUUACAAACACAAUAUACUUUUAGCUGUCCUUUGCCCAAUCUCAUUAACACCUUAUUGCAUACUUUUGAGGCAAUGCUUUAUCCAGUUAAGUAUUUUAGCCAAAAGAAAAAAAAAAACACUUCCUUUCACCAGUCCCAGUUUCCAGUCAUUAUAAGACUUCUCCUUUUACACAUUAUUAUUCUUAAAUUGAAACAUAUCACCUAGAUUUAAGAGAAGAGCAGGUUGUAUUCGGGGUGUGGUGUUUUAACAUAAUGCGUGUAUAUAAACUGAAAGUAUAUUUGUAUAGCUGGUCUAUAUGGUUAGAAUAUUGGCGCUGCUGGUAAUUAAGAUUAAGUCAUAAUGUUACAUAUUAUACCAAAUUUAAUUUAUACUUGGUAGUGAUACGUUAUCUUAAGACCUCAGGUAUAUUGCUUUGUUUGUGAUAUGUAUCAAAUGUUCACUUAGUUUGUUUUAAUAAUAAUGAUUAUUGAGGUUUAAUCAUAUUUAUAAACUGUAAAUAUAUAUUAGUGUAGUAUUCGCGGCCUGAACUUUUUUUCCAGCCCACACCCGAUUAUGAAAAUGCAUUCGUAUUGUUUGAAAGCAUCGUGUAUUUAUAUUUGUUUAAAAACAACCGCUUAAGUUUUCGGGUUUACUUUGAAAUUCCUGUUGUCACGAUGAAUGGAUGCAUACACGUGUAAGACAAAUAUUUACUAGUGCACAGAAAAAAAAAGUGCUGCCGAGAAUUUAGUUCAUGAAUAGUUAGAUUUGGAACCGCUUUCAAGAAGCAUUGUUGUCAUGACAACAUAGGCUAUCGAGUACAUUGUAAAAAUGCAUGUUGUUCAUGUAAUUGGUUUUAAUAAAAUAAAUCAAUAUAUAGUGAUAAAGCAAUUACAAACAA